CCGCCGGCCCCGGGAGGAUGGUGUCCCAGCUGAGCGCCCUGCAACGGGAGCUCCUGGGUGCCCUGCUCAGCUCCGGAGUCACCAAAGAAGGGCUGAUCCGAGCUUUGGAGGACAUGGUGCCCACCGCUGGGUUCGGGGUGAAGCUGGAGAACCUGCCGCUGUCCCCCGGAGGGCAGCCCGACGGCAAAGCCGCCUUCCCGCCGCUGGCCAACGGGCACGGCAAGGGCAAACUCUCCGGCGACGAGGGCUCGGAGGACGGUGACGACUUCGACACGCCGCAAAUCCUCCGUGAGCUGCAGGCGCUCAAUACCGAAGAGGCCGUGGAGCAGCGAGCCGAGGUGGACAGGAUGAUCAGCGAGGACCCGUGGCGGGCGGCAAAGAUGAUCAAGGGGUACAUGCAGCAGCACAACAUCCCGCAGCGGGAGGUGGUGGAUGUCACCGGCCUCAACCAGUCACACCUCUCGCAGCACCUCAACAAAGGCACCCCCAUGAAGACGCAGAAGAGAGCUGCCCUCUACACGUGGUACGUCCGCAAGCAGCGGGAGAUCCUCCGGCAGUUCAACCAGACAGUCCAGGGGUGUGGAAAUAUGACAGACAAAGGCAGUCAGGAUCAGCUGCUGUUUCUCUUUCCAGAGUUCAAUCAGCAGACCCAAGGGGCUGCCCAGCUCGACGAGGCCUGCUCCGAAACGCCCAGCAAGAAGAUGCGGCGCAAUCGCUUCAAGUGGGGGCCAGCCUCCCAGCAGAUCCUCUACCAAGCCUACGACCGCCAGAAGAACCCCAGCAAGGAGGAGCGCGAGGCGCUGGUGGAGGAGUGCAACAGGGCCGAGUGCCUGCAGCGAGGGGUGUCCCCCUCCAAGGCCCACGGGCUGGGCUCCAACCUGGUGACCGAGGUCCGCGUCUACAACUGGUUUGCCAACCGGCGCAAGGAGGAGGCCUUCCGCCAGAAGCUGGCCAUGGACGCCUACAGCUCGGGGCAGCCCCCACACACCAUGAACCUGCUGCUCUCCCACGGCUCCCCCCACCACAACCAGCCCAGCGCCUCACCGCCCAGCAAGAUGCCAGGGGUCCGGUACAGCCAGGCGGCGAGCGGCGAGGCGGCGUCCUCCGGGGCCAUCAGCCACCACGGCAGCGCUGCCAUGGUCACCACCAGCCAGGCCGUCCUGCAGCAGGUCUCCCCGAGCGGCUUGGACCCCGGCCACGGCCUGCUGUCUGCGGAGGGGAAGAUGAUCUCGGUUUCGGGGGGUGGCCUGCCCCCGGUCAGCACCCUGACCAACAUCCACAGCUUGUCCCACCACAACCCGCAGCAGUCCCAGAACCUCAUCAUGACGCCGCUGUCGGGAGUCAUGGCGAUCGCGCAGAGUCUGAACACGUCGCAGGCGCAGAGCGUUCCUGUCAUCAACAGCGUGGCAGGCAGCCUGGCCGCGCUGCAGCCGGUGCAGUUCUCGCAGCAGCUCCACAGCCCGCACCAGCAGCCGCUGAUGCAGCAGUCCCCCAGCCACAUGCCGCAGCAGCCCUUCAUGGCCACCGUCACCCAGCUGCAGAACUCACACAUGUACGCACACAAGCAGGAGCCCCCCCAGUACUCCCACACCUCCCGCUUCCCCUCGGCCAUGGUGGUGACGGACACCAGCAGCAUCAGCACGCUGACCAACAUGUCUUCCAGUAAGCAGUGUCCCCUGCAAGCCUGGUGAUGCUCCACACCUCGCUGCUUUUGCACAUAGCAACGGGAUCUUAUUUUCCACAACAUCCCGCCGGUGACCCGCGCCGAGCCCGGGGAGCCGCCAGCGCAGCGCCGCAGCGGGGAGCCGGCAGCCCGAAACGCCGCCGGGGAUGAGCCCGGACCCGCGGGGUGUCCCCCCAGGACCCUGCCUCUCCUCCCCUCCACGCAGUAUUUCCAAGACGUGUCUUGGGGACUUGUUUGCUGAAGUAUUUGCCUUCCGAGAGGCCGCCGGCUCUGCCGAGGGAGCAGGAACAAGCUGUACUGGGAGCUGGCAGAGAAAGGGUGAGAUGGACGCUGAAGCUCUGCUCCUCCACCCCAGGGACUGAGAGGGCCUUGGGUCUGUUACUUGCUGUCUGGAAGGAGGAACUGCAUUGUGCUGUUGAACUGAGCCAAUUGAAGUGUAAAUAUAGGUACAGUCUGCUCCAUCCUCACCCUUCCCCACUCCUCCACAUAGAGAUUUCUAUACAAAGCAGUGAGUUUUGUCCAAUGGAUGUAAAGUGCUGUAAUUAAGUGCAAUUCCCUGUCUGUAUAUAUUGCUCCUGAGUCCCUUCUCUCGCUCCCUUUGUUGUAUUUUUUUGGUAAAGGUCAGAGCUG